GGCUGGAGAGAAAGCCUUGGAGAAGGGAGGCAGAGACCUGACACUUCCCACCGGGUCCCAGUUUCGGCCUCAGACCCUCCUUGUUAGGAGGCCAACAACCUUUUGUAAAGUUCUGGAAGCGGAAUAGCUUAACUUAAGGCUUUACGUCUGGUCAGGAAUUUAGUCUAACAGAUUGCCUCCCGAUUAGAGCUCAUUUUAGCACUUUUGGAAUGUGUCCUUUGGGCCAAUGAGAGGGCAGGCUUUUUGCUCAGCUGGUUCCACUAAUUGCAAGUUUCUCCCUGGACACAUUUCCAGUCUUCAGAAAACUCCCAAAGGCCAAGACUGAAGCGUGGGGGUUAAAACGCAAGAGAUCUGUUGUAGCUAGUGGCAUUGUACAGGGGAGUUGCUCAAUACUUCUCAUCUGAGCAGGCCAUUACAAAAAACAACAAACCAAAAAAAAAAAACCCAACCCAAGCGAGAAGAUGCAUUAGCUGGCUGCCCAGAAUCUCUUCCUUAUUCCAGUGAAUGCUGCUAAACUGACUCCAGGCACGCACUCCAGGUAUCCCUACAUUUUGAAUGAUCAGAACAUAAUGACAGCUGAAGAUUCAACCGCUAGGAUGAAUAAUGAUUCCUCCAAAAUGCAGGCAAAUAAAGUCCAGAUUCCCGAAGAACUGGCAAACGUGCCAAACGGACCUGCACUAAUACAACUUAUGGAGCGCACAGGAUAUAAUCUGGUUCAAGAGAAUGGGCAGCGCAAGUAUGGUGGACCACCACCAGGCUGGGAAGGGCUUCAUCCUCCUCGUGGAUGUGAAGUCUUUGUUGGUAAAAUUCCUCGCGAUGUCUAUGAAGAUGAGCUGGUCCCCGUGUUUGAGACUGCAGGACGGAUCUAUGAAAUGCGCCUGAUGAUGGACUUUGAUGGAAAAAAUCGUGGCUAUGCCUUUGUAAUGUACACUCAAAAAUACGAAGCCAAGCGUGCUGUCAAAGAACUAAACAACUACGAAAUCCGUCCCGGUAGGCUGUUGGGAGUGUGCUGCAGUGUGGAUAACUGCAGGCUCUUCAUUGGAGGGAUCCCCAAGAUGAAAAAGAGAGAAGAAAUUCUAGAAGAGAUCUCCAAGGUGACGGAAGGUGUGCUAGACGUCAUUGUAUACGCCAGUGCGGCAGAUAAGAUGAAAAACCGAGGAUUUGCCUUUGUGGAGUAUGAAAGCCACCGAGCAGCCGCAAUGGCAAGGAGGAAACUGAUGCCUGGGAGAAUCCAACUUUGGGGGCAUCAGAUUGCAGUUGACUGGGCUGAGCCAGAAAUAGAUGUCGAUGAAGAUGUCAUGGAGACAGUAAAAAUUCUAUACGUCAGGAAUUUAAUGAUCGAAACCACAGAGGAUACAAUUAAAAAAGUAUUCGGACAGUUUAACCCUGGCUGCGUAGAAAGGGUGAAGAAAAUACGAGAUUACGCCUUCGUACACUUCACAAGCCGGGAAGAUGCAGUUCAGGCCAUGAAUAAUCUCAACAACACAGAGCUGGAAGGAUCCUGCCUGGAAGUGACCUUAGCCAAGCCAGUCGACAAAGAGCAAUACACACGUUACCAGAAAGCAGCCAAAGGAGGCAGUGGCGGAGGAACCACAACAACUGAAGUAACUCAGCAGCCCAAUUAUGUAUACUCUUGUGAUCCAUACACCCUGGCAUAUUAUGGAUAUCCAUACAAUGCUUUGAUUGGUCCAAACAGAGAAUAUUUUGUGAAAGACCUAUGUUUUUCUUUCCAAGCAGGCAGUGUUCGAGGCAGAGGACGGGGUGCAGCAGGCAACCGAACACCUGGCCCAAGAGGUUCAUACUUCGGGGGAUAUUCUGCAGGCCGUGGCAUAUAUAGCAGAUAUCAUGAAGGGAAAGGAAAACAGCAAGAAAAAGGAUAUGAGCUUGUGCCUAAUUUGGAUUUGUCUGCUGUCAGCCCAGUUGCCAUUAAACCUGGCACAGUGGCAAUUCCAACUAUUGGUACCCAGUAUUCCAUGUUCCAAGCUGCACCAACAGCGAAGAUGCUCGAAGAUGGGAAGAUCCAUGCGGUUGAGCAUAUCAUUAGUCCUAUUGCUGUCCAGCAGGAUCCAGCCAGCGCCGCUGCGGCUGCAGCUGCCGCCGCAGCAGCUGGAGCUGUGAUGCCUGCCGUUUCAACCCCGCCUCCCUUUCAGGGCCGCCCGAUAACUCCCGUAUACACCAUGGCUCCAAACAUGCAGAGAAUUCCAGCUGCAGGAAUCUACGGUGCCAGUUAUGUCCCAUUUGCUGCCCCAGCUGCGGCAACAGCGACGCUAGCCACACUACAGAAGAAUGCAGCCGCCGCAGCUGCUGCUGCAGCUUAUGGGGGAUACGCAGGGUACAUCCCUCAGGCGUUUCCAGCCGCAACCAUCCAGGUUCCAAUCCAUGAUGUCUACCAGACCUAUUGAGACUACUGGCUUUUGGUGAAGGUGGGGUAGGAUGGGAGACCCUGAAGGAACAUUUGACUAUUUAUGAAGAAUGAACCUAUUGCAGAAGAAUAUGUCUGGAUGUCUGUAAACCGGUGAUAAAACCUGGAAGUGAAGUUUAUAGCAAAUGCAUCAUGUUUGAAAUCUUUUAUACACAUGAAGUUUUAACUAACUUUUUAGGCUUUUUAAAAAAGUAUGCCUACAUUCCUACAUUUCUAAAAUGGCUUAUUUUUCAGGGCCCAUUCUUCUAUACAGGUUUAUAUACAAUAGUGGUUGUUGUUUUUUUUUUUCAAUUUUAUCUUCACUAUAUUUGUGGUAUGAAGGUUAUUUUUUAGCAAGUUCAGCACUCCAGAGAUUUCUAUUUUGUAGUGCCUUUAAUAAUAUAUCAACUAAAUGUUUAAAAAGUGCACCUGAGCAGGUAGGGAAAAGUUUUUUAACAAUAUAUUUUGAAGACUAUAUUCGAUAUUUAAAGAGUACAUGCAAUAGAUUUUUAAAAUAUAUAUAUCUAUAUAUAUAUAUCUAAACACAAAUGUGUGUCUUAUUUAAAAGCGUUAAACUGGAAAGUGCAAUUUGAAAGUGCUCGAGACCUCUGCAUUAUGUCCUGGCACUUGUAUGGUUUCUUUGUUAUCUAGAGCCACAACUAAACAUCUGCUGUUAUAAAGAAGCCCCCUUCUAUUUGCUCAUGUUGAAUUAUGCUUACGGUUAAAGAAAACUGUUUUUGCGUUUUCCAUAGAGCCUUCUUUGUUGCAUUCAUCAGAAAUCUGUAUAUUUUAGACAUCAGACAGAAGCAAACCAUUAUAUUAUUCAAGAAGAUUAAUCUUGUGCAUUUCUUUACAGAGGUAGUUAAACUAACAUUAAAAAAACUUGGGUUUGUGGAUCCUUAUGGUAUCUCUGCACAUGUGACUUCUGAAUCUAGAUUGCUCCAGAUCUUACCCACAGGUUUCUAUUUAGAGCUAUUCCUCUGUUAGAAAGCUGUCUUUCCACGAAUUGUAUCAAAACUUUUGCCUUUUCAGUACAGGGCUUUGCAUAUAGAAAGCAAUCAAUGUAGUUCUUGGUGCCUCCAGGUUGCAGUGAUAGCUUAGAUUUUAGAGAAAUCUAAAUUUGAGUCAGUCUAAGGCUAUUGUGUUCCUACAUACUGAAGAAACCAUACUAUGUGCUUAUUUAUGCAAGCACAACAAUAUAGAC